AUGCAUCAGAAAAAAUCUGAAGUUCAAAUCGGAACAGAAAGCAGUGGCAUCUCUUCCGAUUUCAACCCCACCCCACCUUCUCUUACCCAAAAACACCCUGCUCUUUCGCAGAAUUUCCGGCAAAUUCUCCACCACCAGCCGCCGUUGAACAAUAGCGCCGCCGCUACCUCCUCCACCACACUCCAAAUUCUGAUCGAUAAUGACAAACUUCAGGAGAAAAGUGGCCCGUUUAAUAAUAUUCAGCAAUUUUCAAAGUUUAUUACUACAGCUUCGAGUUUAUCUAAUGCAUUUCACGGAUUUGGAUUGUUUUCUGCUCAAAAUUUGCCAUCAAAAUUUAGUCUUUUAUUCGCCACAUCUCAAAAAUUCUUAGCCCAUUUUCACCACCACCUCUGUAGCCUCCGCCUCCACCUUCGGCUUAUCCUGCUAUUUUCCUUACCCUUUUUGUACUUCCUCGUCUCUCAGCCUUCACACUCCUUCAUUCUUGAUUUCCUCUCCACAUUCGCCUUCUCAGCCUCUCUUCUACUCUCCCUUAAUUUAGCCAUUCCUAGGCUCCCCACGAUAAGGCUGUUCUUGGCAAGGUCAUUCCCUAUUAUAAUUAAGGGAAGAAACCAAAUAAAAGGGCCUCAUUUCCCUGUUUUUUGGUCAAUUGGAUCGUGCCAAAAUGCCAAUAAAAAGUCCAUAUCGGGGUGCUUUGUGCAGGCAUAUAGCAAUGGAGAUGUUUAUGAGGGUGAGUUCCGUGAGGGGAAGUGGAGUGGAAGUGGAGUGUAUUAUUAUUUCAUGAGUGGGAGGUAUGAGGGGGAUUGGUUGGACGGAAAGUAUGAUGGAUAUGGGGUUGAGACGUGGGCGAGGGGCAGCUGGUAUAGAGGGCAGUAUAAGCAGGGUUUCAGGCAUGGUUUCGGGGUGUUCAGGUUUUUCACAGGGGAUGUUUAUGCAGGGGAAUGGUCUAAUGGACAGAGCCAUGGAUGUGGCAUUCAUACUUGCGAGGAUGGGAGUCGAUAUAUGGGGGAAUUUAAGCGGGGGGUUAAACAUGGCCUUGGACAAUACCAUUACAGAAACGGGGAUACAUAUGCUGGACAAUAUUUUGCUGACAAGAUGCAUGGAUUUGGAAUCUAUAGGUUUGCAAAUGGUCAUAUUUAUGAGGGAGCUUGGCAUGAAGGUCGAAGACAAGGUCUUGGAACGUACACUUUCAGUAAUGGAGAAACUCGGUCUGGUCAUUGGCAAGAUGGGAUUCUUGAUGUUCCGAGCACGCAGAACAGCACUUAUCCCGUAUCUCCUGUUGGCAUCUACCACUCCAAAGUGCUUAAUGCAGUUCAGAAAGCACGGUGGGCAUCAGAGAAAGCUUGUGAGGUGACCAAGGUCGACAAAAGAGUCAACAGAGCAGUAUCAUCAGCUGACAGGGCAGCUAGUGCAGCUCGAGUAGCAGCAACAAAGUCUAUGCAAAAGCAAAUGCAUUUUAAGAGAAACAGUGAUGAGAUUUCAAUUUCUGUCCUGUGA